CUUAACGUGCCGUGGGCUGUGGGAGGCGGCAACCUGCAUCGACAAUUACAGACACUCACUCCGAGUUGUUAGCUGUUUGUUCUGCUCGGAGGAAGACAUCAAGCACCCAGAGAAAAAAUGGAAAGUGAGAGCAAGAGAAAAAUGAAGGAGAAAUUUGGCCUGAGGCGGGACAUCUUUAAGGAGUUCCUGGCGGAGUUUCUGGGGAUAUUUGUCCUAAUACUCUUUGGAUGUGGUUCAGUGGCCCAGACAGUGCUGAGUAAAGGGGCUCUCGGGGAGCCCUUGACCAUCCACAUUGGUUUCACUCUGGGAGUCAUGAUGGCUGUCUACAUGGCAGGGGGAGUGUCAGGAGGCCAUGUGAACCCUGCUGUCUCUCUUGCAAUGGUGAUCCUGGGAAAACUCCCUCUGAAGAAGUUCCCGGUGUAUGUGGCAGCUCAGUUCCUCGGGGCUUUUGCUGGAUCAUGUGCUGUCUACGGGUUGUAUUAUGAUGCUUUGAUGGAUUUCACCAAUGGAGAACUUGUUGUUACUGGUGCAAAUGCCACAGCCAACAUAUUUGCAUCAUAUCCCGCCAAACAUCUGUCAGUCCUCAAUGGAUUUGUCGACCAGGUAAUUGCGACUGGCAUGUUGGUCCUUUGCAUCCUGGCCAUCACAGACAGGAAGAAUAUCGGCGCUCCAAAAGGCAUGGAGCCUCUGUGCGUCGGCCUCGCCAUCUUGGCCAUUGGAGUGUCCAUGGGUCUGAACUGCGGUUAUCCCAUCAAUCCUGCUAGAGACCUCGGCCCUCGGUUCUUCACUGCUGUUGCUGGUUGGGGAAUGGAAGUAUUCAGAGCUGGUGGCUGCUGGUGGUGGAUCCCCGUGGCAGGACCGAUGGUGGGUGGAGCAGUUGGAGCCGGCGUUUACUUUCUGGUCAUUGACUUGCACCAUCCUGAGCCUGAAAAGCAGGAGGAGAACAAUAUUCAGGACAAAUAUGAAAUGGUGACUAUGAGCUAAAAUAUAGAACAAGAAAAGCAAAGCAGAGCAACAAAUCUGUUGCUGUUUGAAAGUAGAAGUCUUUUAUACACUAAAGUAACAGUUUACAGUAAGGAGUCUGUUUUAAACACUUAAGGUUUAUGUUGUAAUAACAGGCAUGAAUCUGAAUAUGCAACGCCACUGUUAUUUAUAAAAUAUGCAUGAAUGUUUUAUGAAGCCUUUGACACAAUUUUUAUAGAAGGUUAAAUCGAUCUAUUGCUGUCUAAUGCUUACAAAUUACAUUUCAUCCAUUCAUCAUAACCCUAUAUUCUGUUUUAACUCAUUACCCUACUUCUGUAUUAUUUCAUGUGUUAUUGAUUAUAAGUGUAAUAAUCUCAUGUCAUUAGAACAAUUAUUUGCCAAGUUCCUAUGAAGCUUUUUUUUCUUUUUACUGUUAACCUACAACUUUAUAUUUAUUUAGCACUUCAGAAACAGCUGUUGGACCUUUGUCCAAAUGUAUAAAUGUACUCAUUACUAAUAUUUUAAACCAGUGUGUCACGAUAUGGUAUGAAAUAAUGUGCUUUGUGGAGUGACUUCCUUAUUUUAUUUCACUUCAUCCUUUGCAUGGAAAUACACUCACAUGACUGAUUGUUUUACCUUGUUUUGUUAUGUAAAUUUCUUUAAGUAUACAAUCUCAAAGGAUAUAAUGAUUUUAAAAUUUUCAUUCCUCCCCAUAAAUUGUCUACCGUAUCAACUGACAAGCCAUAACUGAUUAGAAAAUGUGAUAAAACACAUAUCUUAGGGGAAGAUUUCUGUUUUCAAGAAAUAUAUACUGCUGACACUGAUAUUUCAAAAAAAAAAAUUGCUUGAAAACUGUGAAGUGAGAGUGUAUAACACUGGUAUUUUUUCUUAUAUAGUUUGUCAUUUGCAUAGAGAUACAUUUAUUUGUUUUAGAAUAAUAUGCAUGACAGAAUGGAUGCAUAUCGUAUGAUGCUGAUAUAUGUUUCUUAAUACUUGUGAUAUUAUUGCAGUACACUGAAUGUCGUUUUACAUGAGCGCAGAAGUUAAGCAGGCUCUUACACAAGGCAUUUGGCAAAGUGACAAUCACCUUUUUAUGUGAGGGAAGUUUUCUGGUUUUGCUCUGCUUUGGGGAGCAUCGUCUGCUCGUUUUUCUGUCGAUGGCUAAUUUGCAGUGAAGUGGUUUAUACUUUUAUUCUUAUUGUCCUACACUUUGGUGUCUUUUGUUCUUAUUGCUUAUUUUGAGCUGAUUUUACUCCUAUCAUUAUUCUCUGAAGUACUUUCUGUUUGGUUUUCUUUUACACCUUUCAGUGUAUCCUAUUGUAAUAUGGAAUAAAGUUUGCUGAAGUGAUUUUUAUUUA